AUACUAAAUAUAUUGAUAUCACGGCUAAACAUAUAAUUUGUAUAAGUGUUAUAAAUUGAGUCAUAUCAUUGAAAGAAAACAUUAAAACAAAGAAAUUGAGGUCACUUGUUCGAGAGGUUAAAAAUUCUGCCUGUUAAUACCUCCCACCCCACCUCUCAGGUUUUUUAAUGAAAAAAACUCUUACUCCUUCAAUCUUAAAAUGCAUAGGAUGUGUUUUCAACCAAUACCCCCUGGGGAUGGAAGAUGGCAGAAUUCCAGACUCAAGCAUUACGGCUUCGUCGUUUCACGAUUCUCACAUGUCCCCUUAUUACGGACGCCUUAACAACCAACCAGUGAGUGGUCAACACAACGGCGCAUGGGCAGCCUUGAAUGAACAAACAGGCGAGUACCUACAGGUGGACCUGGGCCGAGUUAUGCGGGUUACCCAUGUAGCAACGCAGGGGCGCCCACAGGGAAGUAGCCAAUGGGUGACCGAGUACAGUGUGGAAUACAGUCUGACGGGAGAUCAGUGGCAGAGUUUCCAAGACGAGAAUGGCGUGAUUAAGGUGUUCCCUGGCAACUCCGAUAAGACCACUGUGGUGAAGCACGAGUUCUUCCCUGUCAUCAAAGCGCGUUUCGUCAGGAUUGUAGUACGGGCUUGGCAUGGACAUAUCACUAUGAGAGCGGAGUUUUACGGGUGUGAAGCAUGACUUAAAAACUGGAACCAUACCAGGCCCGUACCCAGGAUUUUAUUUGGGAGGUGGGGUAGGGGUGCGAAAUCCGAGAAAGUGGACCUAAUUUUUCUUGGAGGAAGGGGGGUGGGGAGUGAGAAAGAACA